CGAUAUAUAUAAACGAGUUCUAGACCUAGAGGAGUUUCAGAAGAGGAUUGAAGGUUUUGUUGGUACUGCUUGAUUGCAGAAAAGGAAAGGGACGAGGGUUGAGUUUAUUGACGGAGGAAGUAAAGACAUGGACAAGGAUAAAACGAAAACAGAGCCCUACUUUGCACAGGAUAUUGUCUAUAACAUCCUCCUUUGGCUACCAAUAGCCUCUCUUUACAAUGCAUCCCUGGUAUGCAAGCAGUGGUUCAAUAUAAUUUCUGACCCUAAUUUUCGUAGAGCUUACAACCUUAAUCAAGGAUUCGCCUUGCUACUUCAAGAGCCAUCAUUGAGAUUCUAUGAGACUUAUCUUAUUAGAAUGAAAGGAGGAUUGCUUUCUAAAUUAGAAUCAACUCUUCUUCCUAUCACUAAAAGGAUUGUCAGUUCAUGUAAGGAGUUUGCAUUAAUAAAACCUAAGGUGGAAAAGCCUUGCCUCUGUGUUUUCAACCUUACUACCCAGAAAACCCAUUGGCUUCCUCAUGGUCCCUUGUCAGUUAGUCAUGAAUAUCUCAACUAUUAUGGGAUUGGGUUUCAUCCUACAACUAAAAGAUACAAGGUGGUGUGUUUUGGAAGGAGUAUUAGAAACAAUGGUAGCAGGUGUGAGGUACUGAACCAAGGCUAUACAACAUGGAGACAAAUCGACGAACCUGUUGACAAAUAUAUUCUUCCAUGGCCGUGUACAAUUUCGAUUAAUGGGUUUCUUUAUUGGUAUGGAGAUGUUUUCAUUGGAACUUCUUACAAGAUAAUCUCUAUGGACUUGGAAAAUGAUAAGUUUCUUGAGAUUCCUAUGCCUCACACUUCUAGUCUGCAGCGUCCUCUUUGUGGUUUCGAGCUUCUUGAAAUUGAGGGUUGUUUAUCCUUGAUUGAGUACGAAGAAAUGCGCCAAAUUAAUUUUGAGAUUUGGAGUUUGAAGGAUAUUAAUGAUGGUACAUGGGAAAGAAGAUUCAGAGUUAGCUUGGCAACUAUAAGACGCAACCCUGUUCUGUCCUUGGAUUCUCUCUGGUACAUUGGAAGCCUCUACAAUGGGAAGUUCUUACUUUUCAAACGGGAUAAUACCUUGGACUACUUUGUUGUUGAUGUGAUUAAAUGUGAGAUAAAGCCAGCGCCUAUUGAUAUCAGGAUGAAAUAAGCUUGGACUGCUCACUCUAUUAACAUGUCCUUGUGUGUUCCUUUCUGAUUUAAUUGAGUCAUGAGAUAUUCAGAGAGAAAUGUUAAGCAUGAGUGGCUCUUUAUUACAAUGAGAAACAUCUUUUGAGAAUCAAUAAUAAAUGACUCAAUAUAUUUAAAAUGGUUACCA